UUUUUAGUUUUACGCAAUGACGACAUACGUUUUACUUGCUCUCUUUGUUAUUUGCAUUAAAGUGCGAGGGAGAGGGAUACACGAAGUGUGUCUGUGAUUGGUGCAUUAUUUCUUACACGCGGGUAAUAAGAUGGUUCAGAUGUUGUUGAAAAGAUUGAUUAAAUAUUGUUUUUUUAAAUAUGUAGUUUGAUUUUCAUGGAGAAGUGUGUAUAGGAAUGUUAUGUAGAAUACAUGUUUAACGAGAAUCUAGUGUAGUUAAUUAAAUUAAAUUAAAAAAUAUGGGGGAUUGCAAUUUGACCUUAAACUACAACUGCCAAAAAAAUUGCAAAUACUCCUAUUCACCCUGGUGCCCUACAUGCGAAAUAAACUCCCCCAGAAGAAGAACAAGAAGUGAAACCAGCCAAGUUGAAUGCCGAAAAAAAGGCAGGGAUAUGAAAUCCCUAACUCCAAAAAAAUACAGUCGAUGUCAGGAAUACGAAAAUAUGGAGUUGGAAUACAACGUGAAAGAUGGCUGGUGUCAGACAAAAGAGAGCUGGUUUGAAACAAAAGAAUGCUGCAGAGUGAGAACUAACCUAUGUGAACUGCCAACUUCCUAUAUUUCCAAUAACUGCCAAACGGUUGACACUAGUGAUUAUGUUGUCAAAUCAAAGCAAAUAUUUUCUGAUUCCAAUCAUUUAGGGAGCAUGCCAAAGCUAAUCACGGAAAACAAAAAAUUAGAUGUUAUAAGGCCACAUUACAGAACGGAGCCAAAAGUGAUAUUAAAAAAUUCCAGUCCCAAUACCAAAUCUAGUUCUAGAGACAAUCAAUUAUGUGAUGAUUAUAGAAAUUGUAGAGAUUAUUGUACAUUGCUCGACUUAAAAAUGCAUAACAUACAGGAUCGAAGCUUGUGUUAUGAUACCACCACUUAUUUUAAUAGAAGAGAAAAGGACAGUUUGAAUUUACAGGAGAAAUAUAACAAUGAAGUUGAAUUUUUACGAGAACGAUUAUUAAGCCUCAAAAACUCUUCUUACAGCAUUGAACAGCCAAAUCAUGGUAAAGUGUUUAUAAAUAUGAUGAAAGAAAAAUACGGGGAAGAACCUGUAAUUAUAUCAAAGCCUUUGCAAAUUGUUGCAAAAAAGAGUCAAAGAAAAAUUGUAUCUCCACCAAAUGACAGGGUCAGGUCGAAAGUUACAUUAAAAACAAGAAAUAGUGUUGGAAGAAUUGCUGCAGCCAAAGUUAAAAAAAUUAGGCCCAAAACACCCAGUCCAGUCAUAGAGAGAGAUCUCAUAAAAAAAUGCAUACUAGAUCCAAAAGACGAGCUUAAUAAGGAAAACACGAGUAAAACCACGUUAAGAAGUGACGUUUUAAAAAAAGCCUUGGUUAAGUUGACGGAAUCAAGAUUACAAAAUAAAAAUGAAAACAAUUUUAAGGCUCAUAAGUCUGGUGGAAGCAGUGUGUGCGAUAAUGAGGCUGAGCAUAAUUUAAAGUAA